AUGCGUACAGGGGAGGGUAAGACCUUAGUUGCAACACUUCCUGCAUAUUUAAACGCUUUAGCUGAGAAAGGUGUACAUGCCGUAACAGUUAAUGAUUAUCUUUAUAGCCGUGAUUCCGCUUCCAUGGGCAAGAUUUAUAAUUAUUUAGGUUUAUCAGUUGGAUGUAUUGUUGCUGGCAUGACAGAUGAAGCUAAGCGAGAAGCCUAUAAUUCUGAUAUUACAUAUGCCACAAAUAACGAGCUUGAUGAAGCAAGAACUCCAUUAGUUAUUUCUGGUCCAGUUAAUGAUAAUUCAGAAUUAUAUGGUAAAGUCGAUAAGCUUGUACGCAUGCUUAAUGUAAGUGAUUUUGAAAAAGAUGAAAAAUUAAAAACUAUCAAUUUAACGGAAAGCGGUAUUAGUCAUGUAGAAUCGCUUUUAAGUCACGCAAAUAUUAUAAAGCCUGAGUCUGGUUUAUAUGACUUUGAAAAUUUAAGCUUAGUGCAUUACGUUAAUCAAGCCCUUAGAGCUCACAACAUGUUUACAAUCGAUGUAGAUUAUUUAGUACGUGAUGGUAAAGUAAUGAUCAUAGAUGAGUUUACAGGACGUGUAAUGGAAGGGCGUAGAUAUUCUGAAGGGCUACAUCAAGCGUUAGAAGCAAAAGAAAACGUAAAAAUCCAAAACGAAAACCAAACGCUUGCAUCUAUUACUUUCCAAAAUUAUUUCCGUAAUUACCCUAAAUUAUCAGGCAUGACUGGUACAGCUAUGACCGAAGCACCAGAGCUAAAAGACAUAUAUAAUCUUGAUGUAGUAGCAGUACCGACUCAUAAUAAAGUUACAAGACGUGAUCUUGAUGACGAAAUUUAUGGAAGCAAAAAAGAAAAAUAUGAUGCUAUUUUAAAGCUAAUUAAAGAUUGUUAUGAUCGUGGUCAGCCGGUGCUUGUCGGUACUGUAAGUAUUGAAAAGUCAGAAGAAAUUUCCAAUGUUCUAAAUAAAAACAAAAUACCUCAUAAAGUAUUAAAUGGUAAAUUCCACGAGCAGGAAGCAUUUACUAUCGCCCAAGCGGGUAGGUUUAAAGCAGUAACAAUUGCAACUAAUAUGGCAGGACGAGGCACUGAUAUUAUGCUUGGCGGUAAUCCUGAAAUGCUGAUAGAGCAGAUAGACAGAAAUGAGAUAAAAGCUCAAAUAGCUGAAGAGAAAAAGCAAGUAAUUGCAGCAGGUGGGUUAUUUGUAAUAGGUACAGAACGGCACGAAAGUCGUAGGAUAGAUAAUCAGCUGCGUGGUAGAUCGGGCAGACAAGGUGACCCUGGUAAUACUAAAUUUUUCCUAUCACUUGAUGAUGAUUUAAUGCGUAUUUUUGCCUCAGAACGUAUUUCAGGGAUACUUCGAACGCUUGGCUUAAAAGAUGGUGAGGCGAUACAUCACCCAAUGAUUAGCCGAUCACUUGAGAAAGCUCAGCAAAAAGUUGAGGGGCAUAACUAUGAAAUACGUAAAAAUUUAUUACGUUUUGAUGAUGUGAUGAAUGAUCAACAAGAAGAAGUUACAAAAAUUAUUAUUCAAACAGCGGAUAGUAUAUAUAAAUCUAAGGAGGAAGCCUAUAGUCCUGACUUAAUGCAUAAUGCUGUAAAAUAUAUUUUAUUAACUACUAUUGAUCAAGUUUGGAAAGAUCACUUGCAUAGCUUAGAUCACUUAAGACAAGGUAUAUCUCUUAGAGCUUAUGCCCAAAAAGAUCCUUUAAGUGAAUAUAAAAGACAGGCAUUUAACUUAUUUGAGCAUAUGCUUAAUAAUUUAAAAGAACUCUUUAUUCAAACAGUCUACCACUUCCAUAUUGACUUAAAGCAUAUUCAAAAAGAAGAUAUAUCGCUUGAAAAUAAAAAGCUGCAAAAUAAUAUGCAUGAAAGCCGUAAAGAUCCGGCAUUUAGUAAGUAUAAUGCAGGUAGUAACUUAGAAACUGAUCUUAGACCUGUCAUAUCACGCAUUAACCCAGAGGAUAGAGACCCUAAAAAUCCUACAAGCUGGGGCAAAGUAUCUAGAAAUGAGCUAUGCCCUUGUGGUUCAGAUAAAAAAAAGAAGAGAUUAGAUGCCUUACGUCCAUUAAGUUCUGAACUAGCUAAAAAUUUAGAAGAAUGGUUUAGGGUAGAGUUAUCCUAUACAAGUAAUGCUAUUGAGGGGAAUACUUUAUCCCGCAAAGAGACUGCUAUAAUUAUUGAAAAGGGUUUAACUGUAGGAGGUAAAACACUAGCAGAGCAUCUAGAAGCAACAAACCAUGCAAAAGCUUUAGAUAUUAUCUAUGAACUUGCUAGGAAAAAAUAUUAUGAAAUUACUGAAAAAGAUAUUUUAGCAAUUCAUUAUACAAUUCUUCAUGGGAUUGAUGAUCAUAAUGCGGGAUUAUCAGUUCCACCGAGUAUCUCAAUAUCUAAGGUGUUACAAUAUAUUAAAGGAAAGAGUAGUCGUAAAUUGCUACAGGAAUUUGAACUACUUCGUAAGCGAUAUUGGGGUCAACAUCUUUGGGCUAGAGGGUAUUUUGUUGUUACAGUUGGUAAUGUGAAUUCAGAAGCAGUACAGCAGUAUAUAGAGCAACAAGAAGAAUAUCAUAAAAAAGAUGAUUUUAGAAUAUCAGAGUUUUAG